AUGGCGGGCACAUCUUCAAUCAAAGUCCCUCAAAUUAGCGCGGCCGAAAUGGCUGCAUUCCAUGAAAACCACUUCUCUUACUUCGCGACAGACCACUUCGUCUCUCACUUCCUUCGUCCUGAGUUUGCCACCGCGGUGAAGUAUAGCACCAAUCAAUAUGAUACCAACGAAAAUGACAGCGACGCGGUGGAUGAUGAGUAUUACGAUGAAGAGGACGACGGUCUCGGUUACUACCCCGAUGGCGUGAAGCGCACCCUCACCGACGAGCAAAUCGCUAUCUUCAGACACUCCGAGCUUGAAGCUUUGCGUCGCGCAAAGGAACUGGAACAAGAACAACAACGUGCUGCUGCUGCUGCUUCCUCUGCCAGGAACCAGCCCAACGACAACGACCACGAUGAUGACUACGAAGAGGACUCCUUACUGUCCGAAGGAGCUCUCUCCGCUCUUCCGACCCCGCCACUUCAACCAGUGUCAGCCGCUGCAUCUGUAUCAACUUCAUCCACAUCAAACAAGAAAAAUAAUAAUAACAAAAAACGCAAGCGCGGAAAGCAACACAACGAUGGCAAUGACGGCGGUGAAGUCAUAGAUCUGCGCAAACGGACCUGGGACGUCGUUGACAAAGGCCUCGAAGCACUCGAUUAUGGCAGUGAGGAAGAUGCUGCUCAGCAAGCUGAGACUGGCGCGUAUCAGCGGCGAAGGAUUUCUUAUGAUGAUGAUUGA